UCUGCUAAGUGAAAGUAGCACGUGUAGAAGCAGCUGCUACCGGCUGGCGGUGCAGGUCAUACUGCCUCCUCACCAUGCCCACUGUCUAUCUUUCCCCGCAUCCGGAUAACUUCCAGAAUCUCCGUGUGCUCAUUGCAGCCCAGUAUGGCCGACAGGAGCCCAAGGUGGUCGAAUUGCCUCCUGACAGAGAGCUGGGGAACCCGUCCUUCUCUCUGCCAAAACUUCCCGCUCUGGAAACCCAGGCUGGUGUCUUCGUGUCUGGCCCAGCAGCCGUUUCUUACCUGCUAUCCCCGGAUAACAUGAGAGGGCAGGGCCCAAAUGCAAGUGCUUUGGUACAGCAGUGGAUCCAUUACGCAGACUUAGAAAUUGCCCCUGCGGCCUGCACAGCGGCCUUCUCUGUGUUGGGGAUAUCCAAGCAAAAUAAACAGGUGUUAGAUCGUGCUGUGGCAGAACUCCAGAAGCUCCUUGAGGUGUUGGAUGGUCACUUGAAGCUGCGGACGUACCUGGUUGGGGAGGCUGUGACCUUGGCUGAUGUGACAGUAGCCUGCUGUCUGUUGCUGCCCUAUAAAUAUGUCCUGGAUCAAGGUCUUCGCACUUCCUACACCAAUGUCACUCGUUGGUUCUUGACAUGCAUCAACCAGCCGGAAUUCAAAGGUGUUCUUGGUCCAAUGAAGCUGUGUGACCAGUUGCCUGGUGGGGGAGCCCUGAACUUAGAGCUCAAAGAUCCUACAGCAUGUCUCACAGCAGAAGUGUCAGAGCAGAGGCAGCAAACAGAGCCCCCACCCAAAAGCGCAUCACAGCUGAAGAAGGAGGCCAAGAAGAAAGAGAAACUGGAGAAGUUUCAGCAGAAGAAGGAAAAGAGCCAGCAACAGGGGGAGGUCAGAAUUAAGAAGCCCAAAGCUGAAAAGAAGGAGAAAAAGGAUCUCGGAGUUAUCACCUACGACAUCCCAACUGGGCCCGAGGAGAAAAAAGAUGUCACAAGUCCAAUGCCUGACUCCUACAGCCCACAGUAUGUUGAGGCUGCCUGGUACCAGUGGUGGGAGAGCCAGGGUUUUUUCAAACCGGAAUAUGGACAUCACAGUGUGUCUGAGUCGAACCCCAAAGGCAUCUUCAUGAUGUGUAUCCCUCCACCCAACGUCACAGGGUCUCUUCAUCUCGGGCAUGCUCUCACCAGUGCCAUCCAGGACUCCUUGACGCGAUGGCACCGGAUGCGAGGAGAGACCACCCUGUGGAACCCUGGCUGUGACCACGCAGGCAUCGCCACUCAGGUGGUGGUGGAGAAGAAGCUGUGGAAGGAGCAAGGCAAGAAGCGGCACGAUCUCGGACGUGAGGCAUUCAUUGAGGCGGUCUGGAAGUGGAAAAAUGAAAAAGGUGAUCGCAUCUACCACCAGCUGAAGAAGCUUGGUGCUUCGAUGGACUGGGAUAGAGCUUGUUUCACCAUGGACCCGAAACUCUCUAACGCUGUCCAAGAGGCUUUUAUCCGGCUGCACGAGGAAGGGGUAAUUUACCGCAGCAAGCGCCUCGUCAACUGGUCCUGCACCCUCAACUCGGCCAUCUCUGACAUAGAGGUGGAUAAGAAGGAGCUGACAGGCCGAACGCUCCUGCCUGUACCCGGCUACAAAGAGAAGGUUGAAUUUGGGGUGCUGGUGUCCUUUGCAUACAAGAUUGAGGGCUCAGAUGACGAAGUGGUGGUGGCUACGACCCGUAUUGAGACCAUGCUGGGGGAUACUGCAGUUGCGGUUCAUCCUGAGGAUCCCCGGUAUCGGCAUCUGCAUGGCCAGAGGGUCCUUCACCCCUUUACCGGACGGCUCUUGCCUAUUGUUUGUGAUGACUUUGUGGAUAUGGAAUUCGGAACUGGUGCUGUCAAGAUCACUCCAGCUCACGAUCCAAACGACUAUGAGGUCGGCCUGCGUCACGGACUCGAAUUCGUCACCAUCAUUGAUGAGAACGGCUAUCUUGUCAACGUGCCCCCUCCUUUCUUGGGCAUGAAGCGGUUUGAUGCCCGUCGAGCCGUGCUGGAAGCUCUGAAAGAAAAGAGACAUUUUAGGGAAGUAAAAGACAACCCCAUGGUGGUUCCAAUAUGCAGUCGCUCCAAAGAUGUGGUGGAGCCACUCCUGAAGCCCCAGUGGUAUGUGCGCUGUGACACGAUGGCCCGAGGGGCUGCUGAGGCAGUUCGCCGAGGUGACCUCCGCAUUGUGCCGGAUUUCCACCUCAAAACCUGGUUCAACUGGAUGGAUAAUAUCAGGGAUUGGUGCAUUUCUCGACAGCUAUGGUGGGGCCAUCGUAUCCCAGCAUAUUUCGUGACAAUUGAUGAUCCCUCAGUCCCGCCAGGGGAGGAUAUUGAUGGCAAGUACUGGGUGAGUGGCCGAAGUGAACAAGAAGCAAAAGAGAAAGCUGCCAAAGUCUUCAAGGUGACCCCGGAUAAGAUCUCACUCCGGCAAGACGAAGAUGUCCUGGACACCUGGUUCUCCUCUGGUCUGUUUCCUUUCUCCAUCUUUGGAUGGCCAAACCCUAGUGAAGAUCUUCAGGUUUUUUACCCUGGCACUCUCCUGGAGACUGGGCAUGAUAUUCUCUUCUUCUGGGUGGCCCGCAUGGUCAUGUUGGGCCUUAAGCUUACUGGGAAGCUGCCAUUCAGAGAGGUUUACCUUCACGCUGUUGUCCGAGAUGCCCACGGCAGGAAGAUGAGUAAAUCACUGGGAAAUGUCAUAGAUCCAUUGGAUGUGAUCACUGGCAUUACGCUGGAGGGUUUGCACGCUCAGCUGCUAGACAGCAAUUUGGAUGCUUCAGAAAUAGAGCGAGCAAAACAAGGACAGAAAUCUGACUACCCCAGUGGGAUCCCAGAAUGUGGCACAGAUGCACUUCGGUUUGCUCUCUGCGCAUACACAUCUCAAGGCCGGGAUAUAAACCUGGAUGUGAACCGGAUCUUGGGCUACCGCCAUUUCUGCAACAAGCUGUGGAACGCCACCAAAUUUGCCAUCCGUGGCCUUGGGGAUGGAUUCCAGCCACAGCCCAUCCCGCAGUUUGAAUUGAAGGAAGGCCUCAUUGACCUGUGGAUCUUGAGUCGGCUGUGCCACGCCGUGGAGCUGUGCAACACUGGAUUCCAAGCCUACGACUUCCCGGGCAUCACUACAGCGAUCUAUAACUUCUGGCUCUAUGAGCUUUGUGACGUCUACCUGGAGUGCCUGAAGCCUGUCUUCGCUGGUCAGGAUGAAGCUGAAAUCAAGACAGCCCGGAAUGUUCUUUACACCUGCUUGGAUGCUGGUCUACGUCUCCUCAGCCCCUUCAUGCCUUUUGUCACGGAGGAGCUGUUCCAGCGGUUGCCUCGACGAUGUCCUGCCUCCGACCCCCCCAGUCUCUGUGUCACCCCUUACCCUACCACAAAGCAGUAUCGCUGGAGGAACGAGGGCUUGGAGCGCAUCGUUGACUUUAUGCUGAGCAUUGUGAGGGCUGUGCGUUCCCUCAGAGCAGAUUAUAACCUCACCAAGACCAAAGCAGACUGUUACUUGCAGUGCCUGGACUCGGACACCGCUGAGACUGUCGCUUGCUGCUCCGAUUACAUCCGCAUCCUCUCCUCUUCCAAUCAAGUGCUGGUUCUUGACCCUGGGCAUGCACCUCCUCCUGGCUGUGCAGUAGCCAUCGCAUCAGACAAAUGCACAGUCCACCUUCUGCUCAAGGGCUUGAUUGAUGCUGAGAAGGAAGUCUCCAAACUGGCAGGCAAGAAAGACGAGUUGCAGAAGCAAAUUCUUCGGUUACGGGAGCGCAUGGACAGCCCAGGCUACGCUGCUAAGGUGCCCCCCAAAGUCCAGGAGGCAGAUGCUGCUAAGUUGAAACAAAGUGAGACUGAACUGCAGAAGGCAGAAGAAGCCAUUGAGAAUUUCAAGAAGAUGAUCUGAAAAACCAAAGGAAGGAUCUACUAGGUUGUUGAGCACCCUGAGGGUGGGGGGAGGGGGGAGGGAACCAAAGAGAAAGCCUGUUUCUUUAGUUGAGGUAUUUCUUGAUUUAUUCUAUUUUCUGCAGAGACAUUAAAAUAUUUUGCUCAGUUA